GUGAUCGCUAGCUGGAGCUUAAAUUUGUCUCCCUGUUAUUCUAUAUUUAAAUGUGGCUAGAAGUGGAGGUUAUUAUUAUAUUAUUCAAAAUACUGAAAAUUUAUAUAGCAAAGUAAUUUCAAAUUUGAAUUGUUAUCAUAAUAAAUGGAUGUUAGUACUGAACGAAUAUUCCCAAUGAAUGUUGCCAAGGAACAGGUAGUCCAGUAACGGUUAUUUUUUAACGCGUCUGGUUACUGACAGUGGUUAGUGACAGUAUGGUGACAGUUUUGUACGUAAACGGGGGUUGAGGAUAGAUUAGUUGUGAAUUAUUUGUUCGAUUUUGACACGGCCAUUGUGCUUAGGUGAUUAUUUUUUUUUUGAAUAAUUAUCUUUUAAUAGUACUAGCAAAUUGAUGGUGACAGUUUCAUGACAAUUUAGAAGAUGUCGUCCCCCAGUGCUGGUAAAAGACGUAUGGACACUGAUGUUAUCAAACUCAUUGAGAGUAAACAUGAGGUAACUAUCCUUGGUGGACUUAAUGAAUUUUGCGUGAAAUUUUAUGGUCCUAGAGGAACUCCUUAUGAAGGAGGUGUUUGGAAGGUAAGGGUACAUUUACCUGAUCACUACCCCUUUAAAUCACCAAGCAUUGGUUUUAUGAAUAGAGUUUAUCACCCAAACAUAGAUGAAGUUUCUGGUACAGUCUGCCUGGAUGUUAUAAAUCAAGCAUGGACAGCUUUAUAUGAUCUAUCAAAUAUAUUCGAAUCAUUUCUUCCACAACUAUUAACAUACCCAAACCCAAUAGAUCCUUUAAAUGGAGAUGCAGCUGCCAUGUACCUUCACAAACCAGAAGAAUAUAAGAGGAAAGUUUCUGAAUACGUAAGAAAAUACGCCACAGAAGAAGCUUUGCGGGGCCAAGAGAACGUUAGUUCAGAAAGCGAAUCAAGUAUGUCAGACUUUUCUGAGAAUGAAGCUGAGGAUAUGGAGUUAUAACGCAGGCUCUCUCUCAUUUUCAAUAAAAGCUCGCUCAAUUCAACUUCCUCUUAUUUAGGUGACAAUGACGAUUCAAAAUAUGUGAUGUGCUUAAAAAGUUAUUUAUAUAAUCUUGGUUGCUUUACGUUUUCAUAGUUUAUUUUAUUCAGAGGCGAGGCCUUCGUCAAAUUUUCUCAGGUUAGAGUUUAUCUAUUAUUCUCACAUAUUGUUCAGUCAUUUGCUGUAUACAGACAUCUUUAAAAUAUGAAUUGAGAAGAUAAUCAUAUCAUAAUCUUAUUAAAGGAGACUAUUUUUUUAAUUUGAAUUCAAAUAUCUGUAUACAUGUGGUAAUUUAUAAGAAUGAAAUAGAAUAACAAAACAAAAAUGGUUAUUCGACAUAUUUAUAUUCCAGAAAUGUGAUGUUUUUAACAAUUACCUCAUUAAAAAAUAACUAAAAAACUCUUGAACGGUUAUGUCACUGAGUUUAGAGUCCCAGUGCUAAUCAAGUUUUAGUAGCAGUCAUAUAUUCAAUAUGUUUAUCCAAUUAUGUUUCAAGAAAUUUCAUGUAUCAUAUUUGGUGUGAUAGAAGUUUACAUUUUAAUAAACAGGUGUCUACUUCAAAAUUAUGUCAUUAAUUAUUAAAUACAUUAUUAGUUUCACAUUGUCAUGAUAAUAUAUGCAAUGAAAAUUAGAACUCUUCUCACAAUGACAAAGUUAUUUGGAAAGUAAACUCGAAUUUGCUUGUAUAUACUUAAAAUUAAUUAAAUAUAGAUAUACUAUAACAUUGUUGUUGUAUAACGUAAUAUUACUACAUUGUUCAUUUUUUAAAGUUACAUUCAGUCAUUUACAGAACGACAUUAGUCACACAACGUGAAUUGUUUUUUUUUUUGGUUUUUCCGAAAAAUGUAAUAGAACAAAUGAUAGUAAUGAUAUUAUUAUUCAAAAAUAGUUAACAAUUAGAAAUAUUAUGGAAUUAAUAAGAAUUGAAAAAACAAUUAUAACGAUAUCUCAAUGAUUAUUUCAAAAGUUCAUCUCAAGAAUCAUAUAACUAUAACUUCAUUUAUAUACUUAUCAUCAACAGUCAUUUGCCUUGACAUAAUAAAAUUUUUCAUAAUCAGGCAAUAAUGUACUUUCAACUGAUGAAAAAUGCAAUGUUAUUCUUACUAGUGUAAUCAUGAUGAAUAAUCAAUAUGCAUAUUGAUAAUAUACAAGAUGUUUCAGAAUUGUGUAAAUUAAUUCCUAGAGUAUAUUCGAAAAUAAGGAUACAAAUUAAUUGAAAACGAAUAAUAUGAACUCAAUUUACUCUCUUGAAGGGUUGUAUCUCCCUUUAUAUUAUUGUAUAUUAAAAAGUGUCUUUACACCAUGAGCGUUAAUAGAUACACAAAAAGUUUGAUAGGAAAGGUACCAUUGAAAAUGUAUUCUAAUUUUAACCAGACAUAGUGACCCAUUUCUUUAUACAUUAAAAACAGAAACCCCAGUCACAUGAAGAAAAUUCUUUAAAAUAAAAUGCAAUAAGAUUAAAUUUCAUAAACAUUUGUCAGCAUUUAUAUUAUUAUAAAUAAGAUUGUUAUAAAUAACUUUUAAGAAUGAAUAAAUUUUUAAAAAUAAUUUUCGAGUACCGAAAAAUAUAAUUCCCCCACAUAUUUUAAUGCUUUUUUAUACCCUGUUAACUCACUACUAUAUACACAAAUACUUUUUAUUGUGAAAAUUAUCAUAAAACAUGAAACAUAAAAUAUGGAAAAGUUAAUGAAGGGAAAUAUAAAUUUAAUUUAAUAAUUAAUAUUUUAUUUAAUUACGAUGUUGAAAAUAUCGAAAUAUCGUUAAUUUAGAUACAUCACACUAGUGGUACUGCACAAUCUUGAUAUAACCGUAUUUCACUAAAAUUAUUACAAGCAACUUUCCUAAUUACAGAGAUGAUUCGAUCUUGUAGGGUUUCUAAAUAUGUUUUGCAAUCAAGUAUUAAAAUAUCAACGUUUUCCCAUUACUAGUUACGGUCAAUGGUCAACUGCUUUUAUGGCGACUUGACGUACUUGCAUCAUUUUGCAUUUGUGUCCUUGAUACAUGCAACUUCUUGAUAAAAACAUAUAUAUCCAAAUUAUUUAGGCCAAAUACUAAUUCAAAUUAAAAACUUCAUUAUUUCGAAAGUUAUUGCAUUAAGUGUACACCUUGCCAUUGAUAAUUUGACAGCUUUAAUGAAAAGCAGACUAGAGACAGAAAUAGUCCGCGAGCCAGCGACCUUUUGAGAGUGGUCAUUUCACCAGGGCUGAAAUUUUUUUUAAUCCUUAUUCGGUGUCACUAGUAAGUGAAUGGACCUCCAGAUGCCUAAUACCGGGUGUUGUAUCUGCGGCAGCCUCCCACACAUGUAAAAUAAUAAUUAAACAAAAUUAAUACCGCAAAAGCUGAAACUUUGUUAACAUUUACAUCAUGUUAUAAAAUAAAGAAAAAACGUAUCCAGCCGAAUGUAGAGUGGGGGAUUAUGCCCCAGCUUUCCACGUAAAGAAGUGAUAAAUGCGCACUGAGUAAACUGAUACCGCAAAAGCUGAAAUUUGAUAAAUAUAUAGUUAAGUUAAUAAUUUAAAAGAAAAAAACAUCCAACUUAAUAUUUAGUGGGGGAAAAGUGUCCAGCCGAUGCAGUCAAAGACGCUGCGCAUCGGUAUGCGCUUGGGCGCAUUGCAUCUUUGAAUGCGUCAACUGGACACUUUCCCCCCACUAAAUAGAAAGCUAGAUAUUUUUUUCUAUUAACUUAUUUACUUAACUGUCAUAUUUCAGUUCUUAUGGUAUAAGAUAUCUAUACUUUUCUCAUUAAACACAGCGCGCCCAUGUAGUUAUUAUACUGUCUCACAAGUUUUUGAAUUUAAAGGCUAUUAGUAAAUAUUUACACAUUUGAAUAUACAUAAUAAACCGUAUAACACAUAACAUAAACGGGAAAUAUGUAGACAUCAAAAUAAGAAAAUUAAAAAAAAUAAUUUUAAUUAUUUGAACUUUUUACUAUUAAUUAUUAUUUGAACGUUUUACUAUUAAUUAUUUGAAUUUUUUUCGUAUUUAUUUACAAAACUAUAUUCUAAAAAUAAACAAACAUAUCAUGCUAUUACGCAUAAAAUAAUAUACGAAUUUAUAAGAAUUCGCCAUCUUCGGAUUCAGUUCCAUCGGACUUGUCGCUUUCAUUAUCCAUGCAAUUGAUGUCGACUCUUGAAAUAUCUUCGUCAUCAUCUGCAAACAUAUAUAAUAAUAUAUUUCAAGGCAUAAAUAAUAAUUGGAUAAAAAUGUGAGUAAUAUAUCAAUAUUAUUCUAACCUGCAGUACUUUGUUGACCAUCAUUACUGGCUGUGAUACAUUUGAAAACUGUUGGUAUUUUUCGGCAAAACAACGUUAGAGAAAGCCAAACCAGCUUCUUUUCGAAUUUUUUAAAUAUCUGUACACUUCUUUAAUUUAUUCGCAUCAAACAGAAUUAAUUUUCCGCUCUUUUUGGAGCAAAAUACACAGAAGGGAUGUACGUUCGACAUUGUCGCAGCUCCACUCGGUAGAAGUUUAACGGUCGCACUGGAUAGCUUGGCGUUACUCUGGCAAAUUUGGAGUAAACAGAUGCUACAUUUGAGUAGGAAAGAGGACCGGACCGGUUAGCAGCUGCUCUGUUGUACGCAUUUGAUGCCGGGCUGUUAAAGUGGGGAGAAGGCCGAAAUUUCUGCUGACUGCUGUGCUAGAAAUUUAUAGACUAUUUGCACUUUUAUGUAAAUAUUUACUUUUCUUAUUUUGAUGUCUACAUAUUUCCCGUUGCCGCAGAUACAACACCCGGAAGUGCCCGAGCUGGAGGUCCAUUUGUUUAAUAGUGAUACCAAAUAAAGCUUAGGACAAGUUUUCAGCUUUUGUGGUUUUGGUCAUCAAAAACGAUCGCUGGCUCCCGGACUAAAAGUAAUGGUAUCAAUUGUUUUGCUCUUGAAUGACAGAUGAACUUUGGCCCUAAUUUAAAAAAAAGUAAGUGAAUUCUAUGACAAAAUUUAUGAUUAAAGUCUUGAGGCAACUUCAUAUACCGUUAACAGGUUCUUUUACCUUAAUGAUAGAUGUUCUCCCUACCUUUUCGAAUGAAUAUAAACUUGAUAUUUUGAAAACGUAGACCUCUAGGAGAAUUCUUAAAGAAAACUUGAUUAUUCAGAAAUUCUCUUUUCAUAUAGGUAUAACAAUUGUUGGGGACAUCACAGAAUGAUAAAUGAUAGGAAAGUAAAAUAUGGAACUCGUUAAAAGUAGAAAAUUUUGAACUGCAGCCGCCGUGGUUAAUACGACGGUAUGUAGAAGAGAGAGAGGAAAGUAUUUUUUCUCAUAUAUUAAAGGCAGAUCAAUCGGUAGCUGUGAGUUUAUGAUUUUUCCCUCACUUCUUAUGAACCACAUAUUUUCAACUGUAUUAAUUUGUAUAAUAUGUAGUUAAUACUAUGUGUUUAUCAAGAUUUUUGUCAAAAAUUAUUUUAAAUGAAUAACUUUCCAUAUAAUAAUGCCGAAAAAAUUACAGUUAUCAGAUAUUUCAAUUCAGAGAAUUAUAAUAAAAAAGACAUUUGGAACAGAAUUGUAUUUAGAAUAUGUCAGCAUUUUUAUUGUUUCAUAAAUUCUUUAGACAGGAAAACUUUGAUUAACCAAACUUUUUCCAUAAAAAUUAAGCUGAGAUAAUUUAUCUACUAAAUAAAGUUAAAUUAUCAUAAAAGGUACAAAACUUUUUAAAGAUAUAACAAUUCUUCCUAUGUUCCGGUUAUUUUAUUAAAUAAUAUAAAGCAAUUCUUUUUUCCCCAUUUCAAAUUGAUUCCUGGUCCUGUUUUAUCAAUAUUUUCAUAAAUUGCAAUUCAAUGAAUUUCCUCCCUACUUUUUCAUUUUUUAGUUAUCUCUAUAUUAUAGCUUAACCUGGUAAUAAUUAAUUUUGUUUUAAUCAUUUUCAUCAGUUUCAUUUAAUCAUAUCAGUUUUUAUUCAUGCUAUUCCAUAUAUACCUUCAUUAGUACCAGCAUAAAGGUGUUAUCAGAAUAUGAAUAAAAUUUACUAAAAUAAUUUUUUUGGACUAUAUAAGAAUCAAAAUUACUUUUUUAAAUACAAAUUAUUUUAAUUAAAAGUUAAUAUGAAAUUUCUGUGAGGACACUAAAAAUCCUUGUAUACCUAAUUAUUAUUUUAAAUUUUGAAAAAUAGAUUGACAGAGCAAAAACAUUUAUAAACUUUAUGUUGAAUGUAGACUAUUUUGAAUUAAAAUUAAGUUCUUAUAAGUUGCAUGCUUAUUCAAAAAUACGAAAAACUGAGAAAGGAAAUAAAUACAUGAGCUUGUGUUUGUAACAUGCAACCUCUGUGGCCAUAGAUUUGUAAAAUACUAUUAUUUAAGUCAUUUUUGUGAUUAACAUAAUUGUAGCCUGAAACUGAUAAAAAAUCGAUUGAUUGUUGCUUCCUAAUGCAUCUAAGUAUUUCUAAUAUGUCUAAAUGCAAUAAUGUGUGCCUCCAGUGCAACAUACUGUUAACAGUAUCAUUUUAUUUCAAGGAGUAACAAAAUUUAUUGACAAUCUGAAACUUCUAAAUGUUAUCAUAAAUCUAAUAUGAAAGCUACAUAAGAUACAUCAUUACUAGUUCAAUAAAUUUCGUAACUUAUGCUAUCUUUAAUCGUGUCCCAAUUCCAAAAUCUAUCUGUUUAGUUUUGAAGUCAUAAAUUUGAAAAAAUUAAACAAAAAAAGUAUCUAAUUAUUCUAAGUAACUAAUAUAGAAGCAAUUUACUAAGUGUAAGUAAACACCAAGCAUAAAUGUAUUCUGCAUAGUUUUCUGUCUUGUGUAUGAUCGUCUAUUAAUAGGCCAAGCAUGUUAUAAAGUGAAUCCAAUACUAAUUAUUGAGUGGAUCGUGAAUUAAAAAUUGCUGUAAUUAGAAAAAUGUUAUAGAACUCUCAAUACUUUUUUGGCUCUAAAUACAAACGGAGAACAACCAUAACGUUCUACAAAGAUAUCCAUAAAUAAAAGAAUUGUGUUUAAAAAAAUUUGUAGUUAGAGCAUAACAAAACUUUAUUUAAAAGAACAAUCUGAACUUUUUAAAUAUUUUAAAAAGGUUUAAUUUCCAGUUAAUAUUGAUAAAUUGUUGAUUGCUGUCGUGUUCAUUGGUGUUUUUGUAUAGAACGACAUGUAUCUGAAGUUAAUUAAUUUAUUGAAGAACAAUAUUUUUGUGAUAAACAUUUUCUUCAUUUGUAUGAAAUGUUUCGAAACACAUUUUCUUUAUAUGUCCAAUAUACAAACAUUCAUUUUAAUAUAUCAAAAAAAACUUUAUACUAUAUUAUUUUUUAGUGGCCAAUUAAUGUGAUAGGCAAAUUUGGAUUCAUUCUUUAUAUUUUCUUAAUUGGUAUAUGAAUUAAUUUAUACAUGAAAGGGAAAUUCACUCAUUACUGCCAAUACUAAUGACAACCUGAACAUAUUGCUUGGUACAAUUAGUUUUAUGUAUAUUAUACAGUUGCCUUACUGAGCGAGUUUAAAUAAAUUUAUUUUUAGUUUAAUUGGAAAAUGAUCGCCACUAUAUGCUGUAAAUCUUACAAAAGUUUUUUAAUUGUACCUUUAGGUUGCCUUACCAAAAAUAAAAAUCUAGAAUAUCUUUAAACGCUUGAAACAAAACACAUACCAAAGAUGUUUCACACUUAUUAUUAAUAAUUUCAGUAUAUCUAUUGAUAGUAUAUUGACUCUCUUAACUUCACAAUCUUCUUUCCCUGCAUUAUUGAAUCAUUACUUAUCCCUCUAUUGAUAGAUUUUUUGAAAAGUUAACAUCGUAAUUUAUGAUGUUUCAUUUAAACAAUCUUCACCGUAUCCCUGGAAUAUAAAAUCUUUAAAUUGUCUCCCAAAUAAUAAUAUUUGAGUGCUUUCUACUAUAACUCUCAUGUGAUGUAGAUACUCCUCAAUCUCUUCUAUCUUACUCUCAUUACUUGUAUACAAAAAUUAUGAAAUGUGUUUCAUCAGAAAAGUGUCCAUGACUAUGAAAAAUAAAAUAUGCUAAAUCUUUUGUUAUAGUAUAAAUUUAGAGGAUCAUUUAAUAAACUUUUGUAAGGUAUUAAGCGACAAUGAGUUGUAAUCUUAGAUUUUUAGUGCAAUAGAUUUAUAAAUUAUAGAAUUUUUUAUAAAAAUUGAUACUUCAUUUUGUUAACUGAGGUUUCAUUUACUUAGAUACUGUACAUAUAUUAAUAUUUAUAAUUAUUUACAUAUACCGUCGUCAAAACUUUAAGAUGUAUUUUUUUUAGAGUAAUACGUGUACUAAGAAUUUUUUCAUAUUUUAGUGUCGUAUAGUAGAUGUAAGUGCGUUUCUCAUCUUCGGACAGUUUAUAAACGUGUCUUACUAGUUAUCUAAGUUAUGAAAAUUAACCUGCUGCACAAUAACAUUAACAGUUUUUAAAAAAUGUGCUAACCAUUUUUACGUUUGUUCGACUUAAUCUAUUCCAAGAAUUUAAUUGCAAAUCUUUGCAAAACACCAAAAAAUUAGUAGUUGUCUAAACCACAAUUAUACCUAUCCUUAUCUUUUCCAAACCCAGUUUAACCAAAUUUUGAAUUCUUCUAGUCGAAAAUUUCACAGCCGCUCUUAGAGAUACAUAACGAAUCCAUAAAUUAAUAUAUAUAAUUUUAAGGAUCUUCACAUUUUUUUACUUUUCUAGAAUAUUUUCAUCAGAUAUUGAACAAACAUAUAUCACAGCUAUAAGCCCGUCUGCUAUAAGAAUUGAAUACUGUUUUACUGUAGCUAGUUCUAAUUAAAUUUGUAUCCUUCAAUUACUAUUAUCAAAAAAGAAAUCUUACAAUGACAUUUAAGGUAUCUAACCUUGUUGUAGUUGUAGUUGAGUAGUGACUCAUUGGCCAAGUUUUUAUACUCCUUAAGUAUUUUAUAGGCCAAAAUAAGUCAUAUUUGGCAGUGAUUUUUUUUGCUUCUACCCCUUAGUUAACUUGUUAACCCCUGGCUUAUUGCCAAGCAUAAUUAUCUAACAGUAUAUCUGGAUGUCUUCUUUUAUAUUAAAUUUCCUAAUCAAAAUUAUGUAAUAAAAAAGGGACUGAUUAAUUUCCAACUGAAAUUUGUAUAAUUUUAUAUAAUGUGUACUGAAACACAAUAUCAAAAUUUCUUGGAUAGGUAUGGUUUUUAGUUGUAAAAUUGGUUGAUAUAAUUUUCGUAAAACUGAAUGUUAAGAAUAUUUAUGGUAAAAAAAUAAUGAGAAUUAAUAAUAUUCAUUGACCAUUUUCAAAUACAUCACGGUUUCUAUUUUUAAUGAAUAAUGAACUUUUAAAUGUAGAUCAUUUGGUAGCGUUCAACAAUAAUAAAGAACUACAUUUA